CCAUUACCACAGCCUGACACCAGUGCAGAGGGAGAGAUCGCUGGUCGGUGAGUGAACGUCUGUUAGAAAGGUUGAUCUGAGUUUUUCUUUUAUCCGAGACGAAGAAGGGAUGAAACAAACUCGAGGUUCAAGCAUGACGAGAAGAAGACACUGACCGGACCUCUCUGAAAACCUCCACGAGGAGUCGCCAUGGCAAUAAGGGAGCUCAAAGUUUGUCUUUUGGGGGACACUGGCGUGGGGAAAUCCAGUAUUGUUUGCCGGUUCGUUCAGGAUCAUUUUGACCACAACAUUAGUCCCACGAUAGGAGCAUCGUUCCUGACCAAGACUGUGCCAAGUGGAAACGAACUGCACAAGUUUCUAAUCUGGGACACAGCGGGACAGGAACGGUUUCACUCUUUAGCUCCUAUGUACUACAGAGGGUCGGCUGCUGCUGUCAUUGUCUACGACAUCACUAAGCUGGACUCUUUCCAGACGCUGAAGAAGUGGGUGAAGGAGCUGAAGGAACAUGGCCCAGAGGACAUCGUCGUGGCCAUAGCGGGAAACAAGAAUGAUUUAGGAGACAUCAGGGAAGUUCCAAUGAAGGAGGCGAAGGAGUUCGCUGAAUCGAUCACAGCUAUUUUCAUCGAGACUAGUGCCAGAAAUGCUGUCAAUGUUGAGGAGCUCUUUCAGAAAAUCAGUAAACAGAUUCCGCCCUUGGAAAACCCAGAGGUGGACAGCAACGAGUCCUUCAAACUCACCCGGCAGCCCGCCCUGUCCACCCGGAGAUGCUGCUAGGUGGCGGACGAGGUGACUUCCUUUCAGCAUUGGGGACAUCGGUGUCCACAACGCACACAAAUGUCUUAAUUCCAGGCAAGAGACGAGACUGUGGACAGACAGAUGUCAGCUUGCACAUGUGGCUCACCUGCAACAGAAACCUGCCAGCAGUAUUAUAUGGGUCAAUGAUGGACGUUUUAUUUUAUUUUAGUUGUGGCAGUUUCGGGUCAGCUGAGGCAAGGAAGCAGGAAAAUAUUCAGUUUGUCCCCCUCAGGUGGUCAUUGGCCUGAAUUACAUUAUGAUUUCCGUCUGUGUGGUUUAACACAAACGCGCAUUUUUAUCCCAUUUAAUAACUUUAAAAUUAAACACAAGAGCUGGCCGCUCUGUAGAUUUUCAUUUUACUGUGACUCUUCAACAACACACAUCAAAUGAAAGGUUUUUUUUAUACAUUUUGUUUUAAUCAAGAUUACACUUUUCCUUCUCGUGGAGCUUUUUUUGUUUGCACGUGUCUUUCUAGAAUAUUUGAUUUAGACGUUGUUAAGAUCGAACCUCAGACAAGUAUUCUGUUGUAGAGCUCCAAUGCGGCGGCUUUACAUUCCACUCAGUCACGUGUAUACGCACGUUUGCUGUGUUCGACUGCAUUGCUGCAGAGAACAAACAGCUCAGAGGCCUUAAUUGUAUUUGCAGUAUGAUUCCUCCCUGUUCAAACACUGUGACCAAUGCUAGAAUUGUUUACAGAGCGAUUUGUUAAAAGACCGUUUUCUACAUGCUGAAAUGUAUCGUCUGAGAUUUCACUACAGGGAAAUGACUGUUUACAACUGCCAAACAUAAAAAGAUUAUUUUUACCUGGAAAAAGAGGGGUUCAAUUUAUACCGUUAGGUUUUUUAAAUAAGUGUUGUGCAGCUGUUUAAGUUUAAAAAAGAAGAAGGUUUUGUUGUUUUUACUAAUCAAAGUCCUGCAAAAAAGAGUGGAUUAAUGUUAAUGAAGAAGAUAGUCCUUAAUUCUCUAAAAUGAGAUUACGUGUUGUGUUUUGCUGCUGUUUCUUUGGCAAGAGUGCUCUCUGGAUUUGACCACUUGAGGAAUUUAUAACCGCACUUUUGCAUACAUUGACCACAGUAUUAGAUUUUAAGAGCUAUUUUGUUAAUGUUGAAACUCACAGUACACCAUAACUGUAGUAUUUGAUGAAAGAUUGUAAUGGACGUACAACAUGGAUUUGUAUGUUAUUAGUAUUCUAGUUCCUCAUUUCUAUACCUUAAAAAAACUGUUUUCAUUUGUUCUUUGUCAGUUUAACAAAAAGUACAACUUUUGAUUGAGAUAAACUUGACAUAUUGAGUCAAGAAAUGUUAAUUAGAAGUUACAUGUUGCCAUUUCCAAUGAGUACCUUACGUGUUGCCGCACAAGUGCCUUUUUUAGUUUUUCUAAACUUCUAUAUGACAUGGCUAAGUGCAUACUGCUAAAAUCAUGCAUGAAUUACUCGUCUAAAUCUGUACAGACUUAACUGUACAUAUAACAAGUCCACUCUGAAACUACCAGUCACCUGCAGCAAUCCGUAUCCUUUUUACCUUAGUCAUGCUUCCCUGUAUCCUCUGUAGACCAGAUUAACUUUUGUAUAUUAAUCAAUGUAAUAAAGUAGUAAUUAUUCUAUA